GGCUAGUUACAUUAUGCUGUAUUUAUUGCUCCUCUGAAGAAUUGAACCACUCAGUGAAGACAAUGGCAAGAAGAAAUGUCCUCAUUACAGGUUGCUCCUCAGGAAUUGGACUGGCAUUAGCUGUAAAAAUGGCAAAAGAUGAACAGAAAAGAUUUAAAGUGUAUGCCACAAUGCGGAACCUGGCCAAGAAAGAGCCACUGGAGGAAGCUGCAGGUCACAGGCUGGGCAAAACCCUGGAGAUUAAACAACUGGAUGUCUGUGAUGAACAGUCUAUUAAAGCUUGUGUGAACAGUAUCCCUGACAGAAGGAUUGAUGUCUUAGUGAGCAAUGCUGGAAUGGGGCUCAUUGGACCUAUUGAAUGUCAGACCAUUGAGGAAAUGAAAACUGUGAUGGACACCAACUUCUUUGGCCUGGUUCGACUCCUGAAGGAGAUCUUGCCUGACAUGAAGAGGAGAAAGAGUGGGCAUAUAGUUAUAAUAAGCAGUGUUAUGGGAAUACAAGGUAUCUUAUUUAAUGAUGUUUAUGCCGCAUCUAAGUUUGCUGUGGAAGGAUUCUGUGAAAGUUUAGCUAUACAAGCACUCAAGUUCAAACUGCAGUUAAGUUUGAUUGAACCAGGCCCUGUGGUUACAGAGUUUGAAAGAAAAGUGUUUGAAGAUGGAAUGAAAAUGGAUCUUUCAGCUGCAGAUGAAGAAACAGCUGAGAUGUUUACUAAUAUUUACCUUAAAAAUUACAAACAAAUUUUCCAGAGCCUGGGACAAAGUGCUGAAGAUGUUGCAGAGCAUACAGUAAAGAUAAUUCUUGCAGAAAAUCCACCUUUUCGCCAUCAGACCAACACCUUGUAUACUCCAAUGACAACUCUGAAGUAUGCAGAUCCAAAUGGAGAUCUACCCAUUGACAUAUUCUACAAAAUGGUUUUUCAGCAUGAUAAAAUCUUCAGUGCAAGUCUCAACUUCAUCAAAUUGCUACGGUGGAGAAGCAGAAAGAGCUUUGACCUGGGAAAACCCUCACAAUAAGUAUGAGAUUAUAUAGUGCAAAUUGGAAUUACUUCUUGUAGCUACUGAUGACACAGUAUGUUGUUAUUCAAAUGCCUUUGCUCUGUAAUUAUGAAAAGGUAUGCAGGAUGGUUGUUUGAGCUUAACUAAGAUACUAAUUUCAAUGUGUGUCUCUUGAAUGUUACAGUUUGCAGAACCUUGCAAUUAAAAUCCUCUAACUAUAGUUUUGUUCCAUUUAGUGUUUGCUUUUUCCAGAGAUGUUUUCUUAGGAGCAUGAACUGAUAUUUGUGUAUUCAGUAUUAAUCUG